CUCUCCGUAGUUCACAGCCUGGGCGUCGGCAGUACUUCUUUGCUGCUGCUGCGUAGGAAAAACACCUCUUCACCAAGAGAGCUCGGAGGUGUAUCUUACAUAAACGAAAACGUAGCUAGCUACUAUAAAACAUACAAAAUGCAUUCAGUCACGCUGGACAGCAGUGGUUCGCCACGGAAACGGACGUUAUCUCGGGGACUUAGCGAGGAUGAGUCGCUCCGCUGCAUAAUAAAAGAGACCGAGAGCUCAUCUAGGCGUCUGACACGAAGCGACAGCCGAGCAGGCACCCUGAAGAAGAGGAGUGACAGUCAGCAGUCUGACCAGGACAUCUUAAUGGGACUCCCAGAAAUGCUGGAGCUGCAGGCCAACUAUGACGAGGUGGUGCAGGAGCUGCGUGGGCUGGAGGUUGAGCGAGAGACUCUGUUGUUCCAGGUGGACUUCCUGCAGGACACUCUGGAGGGCGUGGAGGAGGUGCUGGCUGAGGCCCAGAGGGAGGCUGGACACGCUAGAUUGGAGUUGGAACAAGAGAGAGAGGCCAAGAGGAAACUGGAGAGCAUGGUCUGCUCUCUGAUGCAAGAGGUGGAGAGAUUGAAAGAGGAGAGGAAUAACACUCCUUCUGCUCCAGCGAACGCGGAUGGAAGUGUUGACGAGGAAACGAGACAAGGACGCAAUGAAAGUGAAUUGACGAAAGACUUGUUUGAACCUCACAGCAAUGAAAGCAGAGGUAGAGCGUCGGAGGAAGAGGGACAGAGUGAAGCUCUGAAGCUGCGAAAGUUGGCUAAUAAGCCCCUGGGCCACAUGCCCUCUCUUGCAGUGGGCAACCCGUUUUCUGUAGACGGGGUCCUGCAGAGGCCUUGUGAAAACGGCGUCGAUGACGGACAACAUCCUUGUUCCGACAGGACCGACUCGGACAGCAUCAGUGCCUACGAGGAUGCGUCUGCUGAGACUCCAGAGCAGGACCGGCUGUUUCCGGGUGACGCAAACACUUGUGAGCUGCCUGAUGAUUCAGAGAGAGACUCUACUAACAACUGCCCGGUCAAUGACGGGGACACCCAAAACCCCAAAAACCCUGAUUCUUGUCUUGUGUCUUAAUCGGUUUUAUCUUCUACUGGCAAAAUGGUCAAUGAUUAUUGAUUAUUUGGUGGUAAUUCAAGAGCACUUUGAUUUGCAGUGUACCCACAUCUGAUAUUUGUCUUCUUAGAAAACAUUCAGAGUUGUAAUUAGUGCUCCAAUGAGUAGUGGAUUGAAAGAAAAUUGAUCUGCAACUAUUUUGACAAUCAAUCAAGAAUCAUCUUUGGGAUUUGGACUGCUGGUGGGAAUUUGAAGACACUGGGAAAUUGUAGUAAUAAUUUUUCACUAGUUUUUGACAUUUUAUAACUAAAUGAUUAAUCAAUUAAUCUGCAGCUUGAUUGAUAAUGAAAAUAAUGGUUAAUUGCAGCCCUAUUUGUAUAACACUGUAGCAGAGUUGUAAGUUUCAGUUUUAAAUUCAGAACAAAGAAACUCAGGAUCCAGGUUGUUGACUAGCUGGAAUUCCACUGAUGACUACUUAAUAUUAUUUGCCAUUAAUUUCUUUUUAAUAUCGGUCUUAACUUCUUUUUGUAACAUGUCGAUAGACAUGGAAAAUAGUCUGUGCUGCGUUGACCAUUUACCUCUUUUAAUAAGGUUUAUCUGUAUACUAGCAGCUGCCAGGAAACACCGUGAGCUCUGCAAGUAUAUGGACAGGGACUGUUGAUGUUUUGGCUCCAGGCACAGUAGAAGGUUGGGAAUUUAGAGCGGCAGUCGAUCAUAGUUGUUAACUGCAUUUAAAGUGCAUAUUUGACGUGGCUGUCCUCAGUUGUAGAGCUCACCGUACAGAAAGUUUAAGACGUGUGACAUAGCUCUUUGGAAGCUAAGAGCGGGUACACGUAAUCCAAAGCAGUUGUUUUAAAAGUUUCUAAGAUACAGAUUUUUCAAUGAAGGGAAAAUGCCAUCUAUUUGCUGCCUUGCUGAUCUUUAAAAGAAGAUUUAUUUUUUUAUCUUUUCAUAUACAUCCCUUUUUCCUGUUUUUAUGUUAAAUUUAGGGGAAUUGAUUUUGGCUGCAUUUGCACUUUCUAAAGUUCUUGUAUUGUGGCAUAAAUUUGUCCAGAUUCUAUCAGAAACCACAUUCCCUUAAUGACCAAACACGUCAGCGAGAAGUAAUCAGCUGUCCUGCUGCAAGCUGUGUUCUCUGCCUGCAUGGUAAUGCUGUAUGUUUGCACAUUUCCAGUGAAACUUGCUGAAAUGAGUCUCUUUGGAUGUCUCUGAUUGCUGUAAACAUUUUGUAUUUAAUCGCAAUUCUUUUGUUUUUGUUUUUUUACAUUGUUUUUUACGAUGUUACAUUUCUUUCAUGCUUGAUGCUAGAACAGACCUUUUCACCUCAUUUAUGAUAGUUUGCAUGAGCACCUAAGAAUGUACAUUGAUUUCCAAACUGCACCUGAAUUGAUCAGUGUCAUUUAUUAGUACUUUUGCACACCUAUAUGACAUAAUACUUUGAUCUAAGGUAUUUACUGCGAUGAUUGGUGUUUUGAAGGGAUUUUAGUUUUGUUUGCAAAUAAUGUAUCGUUCUGUCAUUUCCUGGUCUUAAAGGUGGAACUUUAGUGAAGUUACUAAAUAACUUCAGUUUUUAAUGGAACAUAUAUGACACUAAAUGAAAAUCACAAUUUGAUAUCUGAUUCUGUUGCACAAAAAACAAAAGCGGAACAAUAUUAACACAUUUGUGGAAAUUUCAAACUAAGGUAGAAUGUUUGCAGUGCUACAUUUUAGCUGCUUAUUUUAUGCGUUUAGGCCGUGUGUUAAUGUUUGUAUUGACUCAUUUGUCUUUUGUAUUAACUUUUAUCACACAGAGUCCUUAUUUUUUUUUCUUCUCCACAAAAUGAGCUAAAAGAAGGUUUCUGUUACUGCAGUGCUGUGUGGUGCCACAGUGGUCAGUUCUUGAGCAAAGGUCAUUUGCAACCAACGCUAGUCCGCCAUUUCUACAUCCGCAUUCAGUCAUUCGUUGUUUAUGCUGUUAUCAGUUCAUUUUAGGUUCUUAUUGAUUUCCUUUCAGGUCAAAGGAUUUGGUUUGUUGUAAUGAACCAGUAAAGUAAUGUUACUCUGACUUCAAAUGUUCCUCGUCAUUUUAAACUUCACUGGUGCCGUAAGCAUUUUGAGCACACAGCAGUGACUUUGACAAUUUAUCAAGUAAUCAAAUUGGUUUGUGUUUAAUUUUCCUCAACAAUGCAAACAAUAUGUUCUUACUGUAAUUUUAAUGUUUUAUGGGUCUAUAUAUUUUUUUCUUGUCCUGGGCUUUGUAUUAAAUGGUCAGAUGUAAUAGUAAAUUACAUACAUUUAUACUUGUAACCAGACUUCCAGACAUAUCAAAAUAAAAAGAGUGAAUAAUGCUAA